ACUCGCCUCCUUCUUCAUUCAUUUGCAGAGAAACAGAAGCCGAGAGAAGGAGCCGAAAAACCCUAGCAUCAGAGAAGAUGAAGUUCAACCCAAGAGUAUCAUCCUCAAGGAGGAAGAACCGUAAGGCUCAUUUCACUGCACCAUCAAGUGUUCGCCGUGUUCUGAUGUCUUCACCGCUAUCAUCUGAGCUUCGUAGCAAAUACAACGUCAGAUCAGUCCCUGUUCGUAAAGACGAUGAGGUUCAAGUUGUUAGAGGAACAUUCAAAGGCCGUGAAGGAAAGGUUAUUCAGGUUUACCGUAAGAAGUGGGUUAUUCAUGUUGAGAGGAUUACCAGAGAGAAAGUUAAUGGAUCUACUGUCAAUGUUGGUGUUAAUCCAUCAAAGUGUGUGAUUACUAAGCUCAGACUUGACAAGGAUAGGAAAUCGCUAUUGGAUCGUAAAGCUAAGGGAAGAGCUGCUGCUGAUAAGGAUAAGGGUACUAAGUUCACCACUGAUGAUAUCAUGCAGAAUGUUGAUUGAUUGAUUGAUUAGGUUUAUCUCUCAAUUUUUCUCAGGUUAUUAUUAUUACUGUUAUCUUUGUUUUUAGGGUUUUGAAACUUUCCCUUUUGUUCUUUAAGACAGAUAGUGGGUACAAUUUUGUUUCUGUGCGGAAUAUAAUAUCAGUCAUGUUUUUAAUGGUCUUUUAGGGAUUUAUUAAUCAUCAGGUUUUUGUGUUAAUUGAUUUAAUGCAAAUGGAACCAUGGAUUAUGAUACCUUUUCUUGUUGAUGAAAUUGGGUAUGUUGGAUAAUGGUGUUAAUCAGAAUAUGCAGUUCAUA